AUGCUCUCCUCCAUCAUUGCCUGCAGCUUUCUUCUCAUCUUGAACCUUCAGCUACCCAAUGCAUAUCCUGUCAGCACGAGUUUGACCUCCAGUGACAUGGACAUCUUAGAGGUGCUCCUUCACAAAUUAGAAGAGUCUCUUCCAGUGCAGACUGAGAUGGAGCAGAAGGACCCUGCUGACAACCUGAACACAGACGCCGAUGCACAGCAGCCACCUGAUGCUUUGGAUGAAGCUUCAGUCAGGGAGUUCCUCUCAGCCAAAAACUUGAAGAGCAUCCGCAGCGACACAUCCAGGAAAACCUCUGGCUGCUUUGGUCGCCGUAUGGACCGAAUAGGUUCCAUGAGCUCUCUGGGCUGCAACAAUGUUGGCAAAUUAAGUAAGUCGAGGAUUCAAAAUCAAGAUGAAGUCUUACCAUCUCCAGUAUAA